AUAUUGUUUAUAAGCAGAUACAAUUAUAUAUUGUCUAGAAGCAGACGUUGUUGAACUUCGGUAUUUUCCGAUUAUUUUUUUUUUAGACCUAGCUAUUUAUAAAACUAAAGGAAACGAAUUGUCCUGAAUGAAAGCCUCUCCUUAAUACCAUGCAGAUCUUACACAAUGGAUUCAAAUAAAAUAACCACAGUGCCAGAUACAGAGGAGUCGUCCUUGAACUCAAUCAAAGAGAUAACCCAAAAUGACCUGGUAGUUAAAUUACAAAGAGAAAUGUUGUCUGGUUUUUCAAAGAAUAAGAAAAGUAUCUCUAACACUGAUCUAUCUAUGAAAACACCGAAACAAGAAAUUGACUUAUUUCUGAUAGGCAAAACCGGAAACGGAAAAAGUGCUCUCGGGAAUUCCAUCCUCGGACGAAAAGCUUUUGUCAGCAGAGCAUCGUUGGACUCUGUGACGGUAAAUGUUACUUACGACGUUGAUGAGCGCAAUGGAGUAAAAAUCAAAGUCGUAGACGGACCUGGAGUUGGAGACACAAGACUGGAUAAGAAAGAGGCAGUCAAAGACAUUUUAGAUAAGGUAGCCACGGCUAUCUCUAUCAACCCACAAGGCUAUCACGCAUUCCUGCUUGUUCUGAAGUAUGGAGCUCGCCUAACAGAAGAAGAACAGGAUGCAAUUCAGUUCUUAAAGAAAAUAUUUGGUGAGCGUUUCUUUAACAAGUUUUGUGUUAUUGUAAUGACCUGUGGCGAUAACUUUCGGGAUGAUGACGUAAAGGACUUCGGAAAAUGGGUCUCUGCUCAAACGUGUGCCAAAUUUCAAGCUCUGCUGAAAGACUGCAACAGUAGAAUAAUUCUCUUCGACAACAAAACCAAAGAUGACGCCAUCAAACAGGACCAGCUCAAUCAAUUACUUCAGAUUAUUUAUAAACUUCAGAAAGACAAUUGCCGAUACUCUGAUGAGCAUUUUCAGUCUGCGCAGACAGCGCGAGACUUUUUACUUUUAGAGUCUGAGAAAGAGAUCAUCUCUGAAGAUAUAAUGACUGAGGCCAAUUUGAUCUUUCUCAAAUUCCAGGAAAUUAUAAACAGCAUAGAGCCGUCCCUUUGCAAUCAUUAUCUAAACGAAUUGUAUGAAAGGACGAAUGAUUUGCUCACAAAGAUAAAAGACAAAGAUAAAGGUCUAGGGGUAUUGCACGAAUUAGUCAGUCACGUGGUGUCACUGGGAAGCUCUAUCAACGACGAGAUCAGACUGUCAAUAAAGCUGGAAGAAGAGAGAGAGAAGUUCCAGAGGAGAAUAGAAGAGGACGCCUUAUCCCAUGCAAUGAUUCUACAAAUGGAAAGAGAAGAGUAUCUCCGAGGAGGUAACCGAAGAGAAGAAGAAAAAAACCGCUUGCUAGAACAGCAAGUAGAGACCAUGAAAGAGAUGGAGGCCAAAUGGCAAAAAGAGUUAGAAGAACUGCAAGAGAAGGUCAAGGCACAGUGGGCUUUGGAACACCAGGACAAUAAGUUACAAGAUCUAGGGGAAGGCCUGCAGACUAUUAAAGUCAAACAAGCUGAACAGAUCAAAGAAAAAAUCAAAGGCGGCAUUUUUUCCAAAAUUAAACAAACUUUUAAAAAACGUGACAGGAAAUUAAAAGCGAAGAAACAGUAUGAAACGCUUUUAUCUGAUGAUGAUGAAUAAAUUGAUUACCAUUUUACAGCACAACUGUAUUGGAAACAGGUAAAGAAACCGAUUACGAUUGUACAUUACAAAUGUAUUAAAAGAAGGUAAAGAAAUCGAUUACGAUUGUACAUAGCUAGUGUAUUGAAAGAAGGUAAAAAAAAUCGAUUACGAUUUUACAUAGCUAGUGUAUCAAAAGAUGCUAACGAGAAAAACAUUUAAAAAAUCCUUUUGAAAAAAAAAACAAAGCUUAUACAAUGUGUAGUUGUAAUAAUUAGUUGGAUCAGUCAUGUACAUUUGUAAUAGAUCAAGACCAAUAAAUCUGUGCUGUUUAUAAUAUUUUUUUUACCUACAGAUUUCGUUUAACGCUAUUUCCUGCUUUUAGCUUUCUCAAUACGCCGUAGUCCUAUUACUUAUCUGAAACAUUUGAAAACUUAAGGAGGUGGGGGGGGGAGUGGAAUAGGUAUAAGGAGGGCCCCCACAUGGGACUUAGGCCUCCGGCCCCACAUGAGAGGAGGAUUUCAUGUCGGGGCUUGGAGGAACGCGCAACAUGACAAGCCGUGUGUUAUUACAUGAUCAUCAAGUCGCCGGGGUACUCAUGACAGAGGUGUUGGUGUAGAGCCAAUUUCUCAUCCUGCCCACGGGAUAAAAGCCUUUCCCAAUGUAACAUGGUUCAAUAAGGGAUGUGCUCGUCUCUAACCAAAAAGGACAUCUGAUUCAGGUGGGAUACAAAGAGAUAUCAUAUUGGAUUGAUUAAAAGCAUUUACAUAAAGAAGGGGGUGGGAGAGAACGACGUCAAUUCAAACUGGUGUCGACGUGGUUAGCCCGUCUGCUAGUGAAAUACUUAUGACUAAGAGAAGAUUGUAUAGUUUUAUAUUGUUUAUUACAAUGUAUAGCGACCUAUGAGGAGGAGAAUUCAGCUUAUAACUACCACAGUCUAGUACAAUUUCUUUCCACUGUUCGAGAUACUAAACAAAAUUAUGAAUUAUCAAUAGUUAAUUAACUUUUUUUUUAAUUGAAUCUUGUUUUGUGAGGUAAAAGAAAUAACUUUCCGAAAUUUCAGCUUGAUCCGAGAUAAUGUCUAGUGGUAUUAGCGUCUUCAGGCUUUUUAACAUACGGAGUCAGUUGAUAAAAGUUUGUAAAAAAAAAAAACCUGCUUAGGUUUGUACAUUGCUGAUGUUUCGAAAAAUUAAAGAAUAACUGAUUACUGUUGUAUCAAUGCUAUAAAUGUAUGUAUAUUAUAUUCAAGAGACUAAAAUAGAAUAGAGAAUAUUAGUCAAGAGAAAGAAAAAAAAAAACUACCCUGUCAGCUUUCCUUAGGACAGAUGCAUUUACAUGCACGAACUGUGGCAAACUCUGUCGUUCCAGAUUCUUCCCCGUCUAAAGACGAAACCAAAGCCAUUGGCUUAUCUGGGAGCAUCCAUUGUCUUCCAAGGCAGAUGAAGCGAUGUAUAUAAUAUAUAUAUAUAUAGCUCCUCCUUCGUGGUCGAAGAUGAGCACAUUUCUUAUUUUCUAAGGACUCGAAGAUGGCUGUAAAAUCCAAUCUUCGCUUUGAAAAGCCGGCGGUAUAUGUGGCAUGGGUGGGUUAGGUCAGCUGCAGAUAGGCCUGCUUCUUCUCUCAGCUUUUUGUUGGCUCGGCGCUCUUUCGCCCUGGCCACUCUUCUUGCUUCAAAUCUUGAGACUCCUAGACUCACAGCUUCACGCCAAGAGGAGCGAUCGAGGGCUGGUGUUUCCCAGCCGUAAAUGUCGACAUCGCAUUCCUUGAAGGAGCUCUUGAGAUUGUCUUUGUAGCGCUUGUAUUGGCCUCCUUCGGAGCGCUUUCCUGCACACAACUCACCGUACAGAAGUCGCUUGGAAGUAACUUAUUACAUUGCAUGCUUGAAAUAGUUUUUAAUUAAACUUUAACAACUUUGAUAUCAUUUUAAAGAUCUCCAUUUCCUUAUUUAUACUGUUGUUACAAUGUUAUACCUUAUUUGGAAACGUACUUGUUAAACAUCAUGGGCUAUACAUCGUGGAAGUAUAUUUGUGUUUUUGUUUCGUUUUAAUUUUCAUAAUUAUUUUUAUUUUUUUGGAUAAAAUAAAACCUUGUUGUUCGUGCAAAAUAAAUA